AGAUCUCAAAGCAGAACUCUUCCGAAAGCAAGAAGAAUUCAAGAAAGAAAAGCUAUUGAAAGAUGCUGGCAUCUUUGCAAAGCCUCAGACUUCAAAUAAGAAACCAAGUAUCUGGAACAAAAAAAAUGCAGGAGUUGCAAAACGAGCUGAGAAGGAUGUUGAGCAGAAAGCAGAAGAGGAGCAUGUAUUAGAUAUAUCAAGGAAGAAACUUGAAGAGAAAGCAAAGCUAUAUGAGAAAAUGACAAAAGGCGACUUUCCAGAUGAAGAAACUGAGGAUUUGUACCUAGUGGAUUUCACUCAGAAGAUCAUAGACAAACAGCACGAAGUACAAGAACUGUAUCAGAGCGAAGCUGCUAGAAAGGCCGUAGACAAAGAUACGGACGAUGAGGAAACUCAACCUGAAAUGGAAAUCCCCCCACCAACGGACCCAGAUGAAGAAUGGGUUGAUUAUGUUGAUUUCUUGGGCCGAUCUAGACGCUGUAUGAAGAAGGAUUUGCCAAGUCUACUUAAAAUGGACCAGGAACUUCAAGGGAAAAGACAAGGUCUUGAUGGGAAUACUCUGUUAUCUGAAGACAUGAGAAGAGAACUUCAGAGGCAGCAGUGGGAAAAGGAAGAAGAAGAAGCCCUCAGAAAACCCAUGGGACCCAUACAUUAUGAGGACAUUCGAGAAAAUGAGGCCAGACAGCUUGGUGUUGGUUACUUUGCCUUUUCUCGUGAUAAAGAACUUAGGAAUAAACAACGGGCAACACUGGAUAUGCUAAGAGAGCAGACACUCGAUCAGAGAACUAAACGUGAACAGUUAAAAGAAAAAAGGAAGGCAGCUCUAGAUGCGAGGCUGUCUAAACUUCGAGCACGGAAGAUUAAGAAGUUAAGGGAAGCUGGAUUAGACGAAGAGGCAGACAAAUUGGAGAACGGAGAGUUGAAAGGUGUUGCUGAAGAACCAGAAGCUCCAAGAGUUACUGCAGCAAGUAGAAAGGUAGAGGUUGUCAUCCAGGAGAGAAGAGAUACAAAGCCCGGUGUGCCUUAUGUCCGAGAGUGGGAUAAAGGCAAAGAAUUGAUGUUCGGACAAUGGGCAAAGAAACAGGAAGAGCUCAGAGAUGAGCGCGAUCCAGAAUUUGCACCACCCUCCGAUUACUUUAUGGGACAAAAGAAAGAUGAUAACUACAGGAGUCAGAAGUCAAACAGUCCUGAAACUUCCUCUAAAAAAUUGGAAACGGAGGCAGCACAAAACCAACAGAUGCCAUCAGUGCAGGCCAAGGGCAGCAACACUGAAGAUGUUUCACCAUCAGCGCAAGCUUGCAGUAGCAAUGUUCAACGUGAGCCAGCAUCAGCAGAGGUCCGUGGCAGUGACAAUCAAGAUGCGUCAUCGUCAGCAGAGGAUGACAGCAGCGAUGAUGAAGAUACGCUGCCAGCAGCACAGGCUUACGGCUACAGUGCUCGAGCUGUGCCGCCGCCGAUGCAGGCUUACGGCUACGGUGCUCGAGAUGUGCUGUCAUCAGUGCAGGCUUAUGGCUACAGCCCUCACGAUAUGGCAUUUCCAGUGCAGGCUUAUGGCUACGGUGCCCAAGGCGUGCUGCCACCCGUGCACGCCUAUGGCUACGGCACACACGAUGUGCCCUUUCCAAUGCAGGCUUACAGCUACGGCACCCAAGAUGUGCCGCCAGGAACACAGCCCUGUGGCUGCAGCACCCAAGAUCUUCCACAGUGUACACAGGCCUGUUGCUGCAGCGCCCAAAAGCUUCCACCGGGAACACACGCCUGUGGCUGCAGUGCCCAAGAUGUGCCACCCGGCAUACAGGCCUGCAGCUACAGCACCCAAGAUCUUCCACCAGGAACACAGGCCUGUGGCUACAACACCCAAGAUCUUCUGCCAGGAACACAGACCUGCAGCUGCAGCACCGAAGAUGCGCCACCAGGAACACAGGCCUGUGGCUGCAGCCCUCAAGAUGUGGCCCCGUCAGCUCAGACCGACAGCAGUGACACUCAGAAUCAGGAGCCACUUUACCAAAGUUUAGAUGAUAUGCUGUCUUAUUACAGACAAGUGACUUGA